AUGACCAGCAAAUCUCAAUGGUUUAUUUUAUUUCUUCAGGUUUAUACUACCUUCAACCGAGCAGGACUUAGUAGUUCCUACAAGUCCACACUGAAUACAAUUGAUAAGCUAUGUGAGAAAUUUGAUGAGCCUGUGAAGAGAUGGACAGAGAAACUCAGCAGUGAAACAAUAGAUCAGAACACUUCAUUAGGUGAUCAUACAUAUUCAGCAACCAGUGAUGAAAGUAAUGUAGAGAACAUUGCCACAGAUGAUAACAUUCUACACAUCCAAAGUCCACCAGUAAUGUACAUAGCAGAACCUAUAACAGAUGCAUGUACCACUUCAGAUUUUACCUCAUUAGAUACAUGUCAAGAGACAGUUCCAAAUACAGACUCUCCUAUGGAAAAGCAGUAUGACUUUGUGGAUAAUGGUACAUCUGUUCCACCUGGAACUACUUUAUGUAGCAUAGAAAACAACACAUCUUAUUACACACCAAUGCAACCAUCAGUACCAUGUGAAGAAGAUUCUCCAUAUACAACUAAGUCGUCAGAAGCAAUUCAGGAAACAGGUUCUUUCCAAAUCAUUAUGGACAACUUGAAUAUGAACCAAAAGACUAGACACAAGACUGAAGAUACCAGCAACAAGGUGCACAACUUGGUCCAUUCAAUGGCAGUUAAUGAUAGAGCAACACCAACCGACCCGCUAGACGAGAUACACCCUCAAGCUGACAUUCUAUCACUAUCUAAUGAAUUGUUCAUUCCAAGUGACAAUGACAUACACAAUCUGAAUGAAGAUUUUAAAAUUUUGAUCCAAAGAGCUUUAGUAGACAACAUCCCAGGACUAUCUGAGUACCGACAAGUUGUGCAGUACCAUAUACUACAUGAGUUUUCACAACAGGCUGAAAAGAAGAGCACAGUUAUACCAUUAGGAAUUCUUGAGAAGGAUGAAAACAUCACAGAACAAAUGAUUGAUGUAAUUACACAUUUACAACAGUAUGUGCCAAAGAGGGACAAGAAAUUAAAGCCAUUAUUGUUGGGUGGCGAUGCCUUGAGUGUUGAGAGGGGUGAAGCUGCACAGAAAGCCAGAAUUGAUGCAGUGACAUGUGAAGACAGAUUAGAUGGCUUUAUAUGGAAAAGUGAAGAUUGGCAUGGCCAUGUUAUAUCACUACAGGAUACCUUCAACCUCCAUUUCAAGGGUUCUUCAUCUGGUGAAAUGGGAACAUUGUUCCAAUUGAAAAAUAAAUUUGACAGAAGAGGUGUGAAAUCAGAGGUGAAAGAUGCAGUAAAUGAUUGUAGAGAAUUUUUAAGAUUUGUAACAAGAGGAUAUAUAAUUCUUGGAGCCAUGCACUUGUUAGGUUUUGAUUCUUUAGAUAAAUUUAAAGACCUCAAUCAUACUUCCGACACUCAAAAGAAGGAAUUCCUGGAAAAACUUUCACAAGACAUAGUAGACAAGUACAUUGCUACAGAAAAAUUUGAUUUAGAAGCAUUUAAACAAACCAAUACACAAGAAGAAGGAAGACAUAUGUGUGGAUAUCCGGGGUGCAAGAAAAGUUUUGCUGUAGAUGGGAAAUGUAGAUCCAAACACAGGUUUCGGUGUCCGUAUAAAGAGUUUGAAGGUGUUAUACAGCCAAAUAAUGAGAAUGACCAACAAGUCCAAAGCACCAUUGAGGUCGAAAAAGAUAAGAAGGAAGACUUUAAACGCAACUACAGCUGCAGUUUGUUGAGGGAUGGGCUUUUUGACUGGUGUAGAGAAGAUGCUGCAAGAGAAAAUGAUGGUGAACGUUUAGUUAGAAUGUGGCGAUUUGACAUUCUAAAAUUCGCUUUAAACAAUCAUGUAAAAUACAGACUAUUAGCUUUUAAAUUACAUGCACAACUGUUAGCAAUAUUGCCUCCGAAACAAGCCUUUCAAUUGAAAAACAAUCGAACUGUUAACAUACACGGUGGAAAGGGUGCUAAUGUUCCAGGAGACCUUGCUCUCGAGUUUAUGAACAUGAGGGCAAAAGAUGCGUUAAACUCUCUCAGAGGCAACAUGACAAGUGCUUCAAUUGAAAGGUGCGGGAGAAGUCUCCAAGGCUGCAAUGACAUCAUAGAUUCCUAUACAACAGGAUUAAACCAAUUUUUUGGAAAGCCUUCAAACACCAAGCCAUCAAUUCAGAAAGAUAUUGACAUUCUUGUAAAACAUUUACAACCAGAAGAACUUUUUCAAGACAUUCCAGGAAGAUGUCACAGGACAUUUGACAGUAUAAGCUCAAAUUGCUUAACCAAGUUGGAUGGACAAAAAUUGAACUCUUGGCUCACCAGCAAAAAAGAAGAAUUUUCAAAGACACAAAGACUACGGUCUUAUUUAGUUUAAUUACAAAUUUAGUGCUUUGAUUUAUAAAUAGUAUGAUGGUGCUACAUAUUUUACCGAACAUGUACAUUUUUUAUUUCUUGUUUGAUGAGCUUCAUAUUUUUUAGUAGUGCUUUUAAUGUGUCCUUCUUUUGAGUUUAAAUUGAUGUGUGCUUCUUUUGUUCGUACAUAUGUGCUGUUAGUGCUUUUAGUGUAUCGAUGUGUCCUGCUUUGUGUUCAAGUUAAUGUUCUGGUUGUUUAUAUUGAUAAAAGUGGCUGUUGUCUGUACAUAUUUACCUUUUUUUUGUCUAUUAUUUUGUGUUUUUUUUUUGUACAUAUUGAAGUGUGCUACAUGUAUAUAUUGAUGUGUGUCCUACAUGUUUAUAUUGAUGUGUGUCCUACAUGUUUAUAUUGAUUUGUGUGCUGCUUUUGAUUGUACAUAUUGAAGAGUGCUGUCU